AUGGAGCUGACGUCACCUUUAUUACUCGUGAUUUCAUCCUUUCUUGCCGUUUACGUCAUCAACUUCACUGAUGCAGGACCCCUGGAUCCCUGUGUGUUUCAGUGCAUGAGAGGCGUCCUGAAGUGUAAACGUGAGCAGAGCGUGGUCGGACUCAGCCAGAAGGUGGACUGUUGUCAGAAGUACAAGAUGUGCUACCUCGUCUGCCGACCCGACGCCGAGUCCGUGCCACC